AUGCCGCGUUUUGAUAAUAUUCCUGAUUCCCAAGAUGGGCAAUUCGGUGAUUAUUAUGUGCAGCCAGAUGAUGUGGAAGACGAAGAUAUUCGUACUAUGCUUAACAGUAGUGGCGCACAAAUGUGCGAAGCUCAUCUCGAGAGAAUCUAUGACCGUGAUGAUAACGAGGAUCUUGAAGCUGGCCUUCUUGACGGUGAUGCGUUAGAUCAAGAUUCGAGUGAACCAAGAGCCCAGGGACAUUUCAGACAACCACAUAACGAUGAUUAUUCGAAUGGCUCAGAAGAACCAGAGAUAGAAACAGAAGGUGGUUCUACAUAG